UAUAGUCGGACUGCACAUAUUGUCUGAAGAGGAUUCCUGUUGCCUGGUUCUUUUUUUGUUUUCCAUGUCUUCUUUGUGGUGAUUUCACCAUUGGUCUUCCAGGAAAAUGGGACACAAAGGAUUUUCAGUUGUCGGCCUUGUUACCUUCUUGGGAAUAUUUCUUCUGUUGCUGCGAAGCGUCCGUGGAGAUGUGGCUUAUUCUUUCCCAGAGGAGAUGAAACGCGGCUCAGUUGUUGGAAAUAUAGCGAAAGACAUAGGACUUGAGGUGGGGAAACUGUCUGCUCGAAAGGCUCGCAUUGAUGCAGACGGGAACAGCAAACGGUAUUGUGACAUUAAUCUGAGCACGGGAGAUAUCAUUGUUGCUGAUAGGAUCGACAGAGAGGGGCUUUGUGGCAAAAAGGCAUCUUGCCUUUUGAAGCAGGAGCUUGUUCUGGAGAAUCCUUUAGAACUGCACCGCAUUAAUAUCCACGUUCAAGACAUCAACGACAAUUCACCACUGUUUAAAAAGAACACAAUAAAAUAUGAAAUUAGGGAAUCGGCUGUUAGAGGUAGUCGCUAUCGUUUAGAUGAGGCCCACGAUGCAGAUGUCGGCCAAAACGCCGUCCAGGGCUAUAGUAUCGAGGCAAAUGAAAACUUCAGAUUAAAUGUUGUUACAAAAGGUGGAGGAGGAAAAUACAGCGAGUUAGUUUUAGAGAAGGAGCUGGACAGAGAACAACAACACGAGCUAACGAUUGUGCUUGUGGCAACAGACGGAGGCUCUCCUCAGAGAUCAGGCUCUGCAGUCGUUCACGUCACUGUGCUGGAUGCUAAUGAUAACGCCCCAGUGUUUAGUCAGGCCGUUUAUAAAACCAGUCUGCCUGAAAACUCUGCUUUAGAUACUGUGGUGGUCACAGUGAGCGCGACUGAUGCAGAUGAGGGAGUGAACGGAGUUGUGACUUAUGAAUUUGAUCACAUUUCUGAUGAGGGUAAUAACGUAUUUUCCCUUGAUCAGACAACUGGUGAAAUAAGAGUAACUGGGCAUAUAGAUUAUGAGGAGUUGUCUGCCUAUGAAAUGCAAAUAACAGCAAAGGACGGUCCGGGAUUAGUAUCAUCCUGUUCAUUAAUAAUUGACAUCACGGAUGUAAAUGACAACGCCCCUCUUACGUUCAUUAAGUCACUGACCAACCCCAUACCAGAAGACACCCCACGUGGUACAGAGGUGGGCAUCAUUAACGUGCAGGACAGAGACUCUGAGAAUAACAGACAGGUUCGCUGCUCCAUUCAACAAAAUGUCCCUUUUAAGUUAGUUCCUUCUAUUAAAAACUAUUAUUCUCUGGUGACCACAGGACAACUGGAC